UAAAACAAAAAGCAAUAACACCCGCGGAAGACGCAGUUCCUAACGAGUCGAGGUUGGAAGUCUAGCAACGCGCGAUAGUACGGUACGUCGAUCGAUAGAUCAGCGGGCGAACACGUUGGGAAUCGUCGAAUGAAGUUGAACGGUGGGAUCUCGAUGGCGACGAACGAGACCGUGCCUUAACGAUUUUUCACGAUCGAACGAAGUACGCGCGAAGAACGAUCUCUACGCGAACCGCGUCCACGUUCGUCGAGGUUUUGGGAUCGAUCGUGGCGCGAAAAUGGCCAACGACAGGGAACUGAAGGAAGUAAUGUGCACGAGUUGUCCGGAGAAAAUAGUGAACGGGACGAAAAGGGACGAUCGUGACCCUUUGGAGAUAAAGGUGUACAAAAAGAGAUGGUUGAUUCUGGUAUUGUUUACUACGUACACGGCGAUAAGCACCUUCCAGUGGAUACAGUAUUCUAUAAUCACCAAUAUAAUAUCAAGGUACUAUAAUGUCUCGUCGUUGGCUGUCGACUGGACGGCCAUGGCGUUCAUGGCUUACUACGUGGUCCUCAUCUUUCCUGUGACCUACAUAAUAGACCGGUUGGGAUUCAGAUGGACCAACAUUUUAGGCUGUGGACUGAGUUGCCUCGGUUCGUGGAUCAAAGUUUUCUCCGUCAGUCCCGACAGGUUCUACGUGACCUUCAUCGGACACUCCUUCGUCGCUGCCAUGCAGACCAUAGUUCUGACGUUGCCUGGACGACUGGCGGCGCAAUGGUUCGACACCAGCGAAGUGUCCACCGCGACGUCGUUGAGCAUUUUUGGCAAUCAGCUCGGGAUAGCCUUGAGUUUCUUGCUCACGCCGAUAAUCGUGAAAAAUCACAAAGACCUGGACGACAUCGGCACUAACUUGUCGCAGCUCUUCUGGGGCGUAGCCAUCAUCAUCACGAUUGUGUUCGUGCUGGUCAUACUACUUUUGGAAGACGAUCCGAAGUUGCCGCCGAGCACGACGCGAGCACUGCAGAAAUUGAAUCAAAUGGAGACGGAGGAGGGCUUCGUAGAACCGAUGAAAAGACUCUUUAAAAACAAAUAUUAUUUGUUGCUCUGCAACACGUACGGCUUGAACGUCGGUGUGUUGAACGCGGUGGCCACGUUGUUGAAUCAAAUAUUUCUGGCCCAUUUUAAGAAUGGCGAAGAAGACGCAGGUAGAAUCGGUUUGGCCAUGAUCAUUACGGGGAUGUUAGGUUCCGUCAGUUUCGGAGUUAUUCUCGAUAAAACGCAUAAAUUCAAGGAAACGACGGUGAUCGUCUAUUUUCUGUCGCUGUGCGGCCAGAUAUUCUUCGCUGUGUUCACGUGCCUCGAAAUGAAAUGGAUGGUGUAUCUGUCGGCCAUUUUCUUGGGGUACUUCAUGGCCGGUUACGUGGCCUUAGGAUACGAAAUAUGCGCGGAAUAUACGUAUCCGGAGUCCGAAGGGAUGGCGGCAGGAAUUCUGAAUGUGACUAAUAACGUUUACGGCAUUGUCCUAGUUCUAAUAAUGGGUAGAUUAUUAGAAACCUACGGGGAUAUUCCGGUUCAUAUCGGGCUUUGCACGGCGCUCCUCGUUGGUCUUAUUAUGACCGUCUUGACGAAAGACGUGCAGAGACGUCAGGACGCUAAGAAGGGUGCUCAGUAUAAGGAAGUCAGGCAAACUGAGAAGAAGAACGAGAGCAAUGGACUCGAAACUAAUUGAUAGCCAACGUUCUGUAAAAUACUUAACUAUUGUGAUAUUUUUAACGUAUUACUUUUUACACAUUUUUACAUGGAAAACGCCGAGCGAUUCUGCAGCCAUUUUCUCCAAUUCUUCACUCCAGUCUCUAUUUUUUUGUAUCACAU